UAUACUACUUAAUUAAAUAACUAGAGCAACUAUAGUCAACACAAUAACAACUUUACAACAAUGAAUACUUUAACUUAUACAUCUUAACUUAUUAAUAAUUCAACAAUAAACGACAUAAAAACAACUUAGUUUCACCAAAUACACAAGAUAUAACAACUUGUCUUCAUCAGGCAACUUAACCAUGUUAUAUACAACUUCUAAAACACAAGAACAGCUACAUGCAACCACUAAUUUAAAUCAAUCAUCUCUUUUUCUUUUAAACAACUAAAACCCAACUUUUUAACUCAAUCCGCACCCAACAACUCAACCAUUUCAACAAAAAAACACAAUGCAUAAAGCUUCCCUAACUUGAAUAUUGGCUCCGAAUUGCCAAGAAUUUGGGAAUAAGAAAAACUUUCCUCUGAGCUUGACUUCCAAACUUCAAUCCUUCAAAAUCAAGCUUCCUAGCGGACUAGAGUCCUUCUCUCCCUCUUUCUUUCCCUUUUUCUCCCUCCUUAACGCCUAUUUAUAGAGGUCAGGAGUGGCUAGAACGGCCCGUUUCGAAUCCGGAAUGACCCUUUCUGGGCUCUUUCAUCAUAUGUAAAAUUCACAUGCAAAAUGGCCCGUUUCCAACCCAGGACGGCCCGUUCUAGAGUUGAAUUUAAUUCACAUGCAACAACGACGUUUGGAACGGCCCAUUCCAGUCUAGGAUUUAUAGGCCAAUGUAGUAGUUUGGAACGGCCCGUUCCAGUUUGGGAACGACCCGUUUUAGGCUACUAAAUCACCCAUCGCCUUCUGAAAUACUUACUACGUUACAGGAAUCAUCCUUACUACUAUAAAGUUAUAAAUUUGUAUUCUCUUUAGUUAACAAAGCAUGAAUAAAAUUAUCAAAGUUAUCUUUAUCCUUCCUUAUAGUUUCUUGUUGUUCUCUCUGAUGGUAGAAAUAUAGGAGUAGUGAUAUUAUAACUUUUAAUUCUCUAACAUUGGUGAGACUUACAAGAAACUAUAAAAAAAGAUAAAGAUAACUUAAAUAUUUUUCAUUCAUUCCUAAAAAGAAUACAAAUUUAUAACCUAAUAGUACUAAGAAUGAUCCUACAAGUAUCAUCAUCCUAUUUUGAAAAUAAAAAAUAACAUAAUACUAAAUACAAAUAUAUACAUAUAUAUAUAUAUAUAUAUAUAUAUACUAAUAUUCUAAAACCAACCUUUAAUAUAAUUCAACCAUUUAAUUUUAUCUCUUUAGGACCUUCCUAUGCCAUCCUAUUAUGGUAUAUGUUCAGAAACAUGUAAUUUUCGUCAUCAUCUUACCCUUUCUAUUAUUUUAUAUACUGAAAUUAGAUUUUAUGCAGAAAAAGGUGAUGCUAAAAGUGAAGCCUAUAGUUGAAGAAAGUCUCGUAAGGUUGUUGUCCAGCACCAAUUUUAAAAGUAAUUUGAAAGUGGCAGAUUUAGGCUGUUCUUCCGGACCAAAUGCGCUUAUGGUUUUGUACGAUAUAAUCACUAUCAUUAAUAACCAUAAAGUGAGCUUAAAUCAAGAUGCUUCUGCGACUGUGCUCCAAAUUUAUCUCAACGAUCUAUUUGAAAAUGACUUCAAUAACAUCAUGAAGUUGCUUCCUAAUUUCUACCACAAAAUAAAAGAGAUGGGAGAUAAAGUUAGUACAUGCUUUAUACAUGUAACGCCGGGAAACUUUUAUGGAAGGCUCUUUCCCAAUAAUCACAUUCACUUUUUUCAUUCCUCCUAUAGUCUCCAUUGGCUCUCGCAGGCUCCUGAAGAGUUAACCAAUGGUGUAGAACCUUUAAACAAGGGCAAUACAUAUAUAACGACCACAAGCAGUCCAACUGUCUAUAAAGCAUACUUUGAGCAAUUUCAAAGAGAUUUCAAACUUUUCCUAAAAUCACGCUCUGAUGAGCUAAAACCUUGUGGUGUUAUGGUACUAACUUUCAUAGGCAGAGAAAAGGCUCACGAAAUUAGUAGUCCUUGGGUGGUGAUUGGGGUGGUCCUCAAAGAUAUGGUGUUAGAGGGUUUGGUUGAAGAGGCAAAGUUGGACUCCUUUAAUCUAUCUAUAUAUGGUCCUACAAUAGAGGAAGUUAGACAAGUCAUUGAGGCAGAAGGGUCUUUUACCCUUCAAACUUUGAAAACUUUCAAAAUAGGUUGGGAUGCAAACCUUCAGGAGGAAGUUGUUGAUUUUGUUCUUGAUAGCAAAAUGAGAGGAGAGUUCAUAGCUAAGUCCAUUAGAUCUGUUUUUGAACCUCUUUUAACCGUUGAGUUUGGCAAAGAUAUCAUGGAUGAAUUAUUCUUAAGGUUUUCGAAAAAGGUUUCACAACUCAUAGCGUUGGAUACAUUGGAGUACACAAAUUUGGUCAUGUCCAUGAGAAAAAAGUAAGAUGAUUAAUUAUAGAAGCAAGUGAAAUACUAUUUAAAUUUGAGCUCCAAGAGACUUGUUGAAAGAAUUGUGUAAGUUAUUUAGAAAUUCGUAGUUGACAAAGAACUAAACGUAGUAUUGUGAGAUCUGUAUAAGUUUUUUGUGUAAUUUAUCGUAUUUUAAACCUUCUUUAACUAGUGUUUUUAAAAAAGAUUUUGGCAAAAGAUUCUUUUCAUCAACGACGAUGCAAUGAUGAUUUCAAAUUCGG